AUGAGACAAUUUUGUUAUAAAAUAAUUUCAAUAAAAAUGAAUUGGAAAAUUUUAGGGGACUUAAUUAGUUUAAUCAUCCAAACCAACCUGUCACCUUCCCUAAAUAAUUCAUUUUUUACUAGUUUUCAAAUUACAUUUUAUUACCUGCAAUUAACAUACUUUUUGGUGAGUGAAAAUCAUGAAUACAUCUAUCGCCUGAUUAAUGGUUUAUCUGAAAUUAGUUUAAUCACGCCAAUAUUUAUAGAUUCAUACGCCAUAAACAUGUUAAUUGGAGUUAUCAUAAUUUUGAUAAAUGUUGUACCUUAUAUCAUUAUCACAUACAGAAAGAUUACUAAUACAAAUCAUAACAUCUCGAAAAGCCUUUUGCAAAUGACAACAAUGAUAGUGAAUUACUAUUUUCUUUAUUUUUCAUGGUUUUUAUAUUUGCCAUAACUCUACUACGUAGGUUGGAAUUACAUCCAUUCAAGUUCUUCACUCCUAAUUCUAGCAUCAGUGGUGUUAAUAGUUACAAUUCUAAGUCUUAUAAUUUCAAAUGUCUAUUUUAUUAAUUUUGAAUUCAACGAACAACAUUUGAGAAAGCAUUUUUCAUAUAGUGACCUAUUGGCAUAAUUGUUAAUGAUACCAAUGGCUCUCCUAUACUUGAAUAAUGAUAGCACAACUCAACUUAUCAGUAGGAUUCUCCAUGGUUUAAUACUAAUUAUUCAGAUCUAUGAUGCAUACUUCUCAUUGCCCUUAGGGUUUUCUGCAUCAGGUUUCACACUAAAUCGAGCGUUGAUGACACAUUCAGUAAUUUUUACAUUCUCUUCAAUUAAAGCUCUCAGCACUGCUAGUCCUUAUAGCUUAGCCACAAUUAUGUUGAUAAUGCAACCUGUAGUCUAAUAUUUGUUUUAAAUUCUUUUUGAGAGUAAAAGAUCAAAUGUCUAUAUAUCUAGCAAUAUCACUAAAAAUCAAUAUUACGACUUGCUUUAUAUUGAAGAUUUUUUUGAAUUAAGUUAAUUGGCAUAGAAGAACAAACAAAUUGAAAUUGAAUUUAUUUAAAAAUUGGUUCUACACACAAAUAAAUGUAAUUCAACAAAAUGUUAAUGUCGGAAGAUUGAACCCUAAAAUAUUCUACAAUUCAAUUAAAUUGUUAUAAUGAUAUCAUGCUUAUUUAAGGGAAGCUUUGAAAAAUAUAAACACAAUUAAUCAAACUUAAGAGUGUUUGAAAUUUUUAGUCUCAAAUUCUUAACAUUCAUUAACAAAUACAAGCACAAUGCACCAAAAAGUUAUUAGGAAUUAAAGAUUUUAUUUUAAAAAAAGAGAGACUACUCAUUCUAUUUUAUCUAAAUGUGUCUUGUAUUGCAAUAGAUUUUGUAAACAUAGUUAAGGAAAGAUGAAGACUACAAUAUUAAUAAGGAUACUCGAGUUUCUAAUGUGAAAUUAUAAGUGAGUAAAAGUGAACACAGCAUUGUCUAAGAUCUAUAUUAAAUGGAAUAAGUCAAAAACAAUAUAAUACCGUUAUUAGUAUAAGUAGGGUAAUUUAAAUUGUAGUUUUGGAAAUCUUUCAAAGAAGGUAAAUUUUCAGAAUAUUCUUAAAUUGAGAAAGAAGUGAGAAAAUUGUAAUCAUUGAGAGACAACCUGAUUUUUUAGUUUAACGUGUAUCAACCCAUGUUUUAUCAUAAUGGGAGAACCUUCAAUGUUUAAUUUCUAAAGUUUAAUGCUUUGAUUAAUCUCCUCCUAUUUAAUAACCUAAGAAAGUACUUUGAAAUGGAGAAAGAAAGGAAGGAAAUCUUAUAAUUUGAAAAAAGCAUGAAUUCCUUUGAAAUCACGAAUAUCAAUUUCUUUAAAGGAGAAGCCAUCUCUGUAAAAGUGUGCAUAGCAUUUGGCCCCAAUAUUGGAAAAGUGAUGAAUAAGGUGAUCUCUCCUUUGAUUCCAAAGUUCUUUGGAUUUGGCCAUUUCCAACAUCCACUUAAUUAGUUUAUUGAUUAUACUAAGGGCAACAUAAAUCAGUUAAUGCCAGCUUGGCUUGAACCAGUUCACGAUGAAAUGAUGCAAAAUUAUAUUAGAAGAGGUGUAACAGCAAGGAUAGGAAAGUAUUUCUAAACCUUUGCGAAGCUAUAUGAUAAAACAUUGAUUAAGUGUCAAGUCUAUUUGGCUCAUAAUUUCAGUUAAGAAUUGGAAGAUGAUUUUACAAUGAUCGGAUGUCUUAAGUCCCUUGAGGAAGAAUAACCUAAAUUUAUAGGGGAAGAUGGAAAACGAUUGAAAAAUGUAGCAUUCAAAGGGUAUUAGCAUGUAUUGUUUGAUUUGAAUGGAAAUAUCAUUGGAAUUACUAGGGGGCUAUAUAAAAUGAUAGAGAAAAUGUAAAGGUUAGUAGUUAAUAAGGGAACGUAUCAUGAAAUAGAUGAAUUUAAAUCAAGCAAUAAUAUAUCAAAAUCUGAAUCUUCAUAAGAAUCUGAGAGUUAUAAUGCAUUCGAUUAAAAAUGGUCCAAUAUUGAAUUAUCAAUCGAUGAUUUCUACCAGAAAGUGUUAAUUUGGAUGAUUUUACCAUUUAUUUCUAGGGAAAUAGAAUCAACUGGCAUAGAAUUCUUGAUGAAUGGAUAAAUUCCUCCAAAAAAUCGAUAUUAGAAUUUAACUGAUUUAGACAUCAGUAAUCUUUUAGUGUAAAAUAAAGAAACCUAUUUAUUUAUCCCAGAAGAUAUUAAUUUAUUUGUUUAAUAAUAUGAAAAAAUACUGUAAAAAAUAUUUGAUGAUGUAAGAGUCUAAUCAAAUAACUUUUCCUAAGGAAGUGCUUAUAAGGUUUCAAAAAGUGAAAAUUAUGAAAUUGAUCAAUUCAAUGCAGUAAAUAUUUUUAAUGAAAAAUUAUGUGCAUUCUUUUAUGAUGAACAUUUGAAAAGACAUUAAACACUUAAUUUUGGUCAAACCAGGUAAUCUGAAUUGCCCAAAACUUAAGGUAAACCAUCAUCUCGAUCUUCAAUACAAGAAAAACAAUUAACAAAUUCUGAAAGUUAAGAGGACAGCGAGUAAUUGAAAACAAGAGCAGAAAGAAUCUAUCAAGACCGAUAUUCAAGAUACAUAGAAAAAUUUUCUCCAUAAGAUUUUCAUCCUGUUCCGGUCAUGUAUUCUGUAAGUUAUGAAGAAUUUCGCUAUAGAAAAAAUGAAAUUGAUCAAAAAUAAUAAAUAUUUGUUGUUGAAUUGGUAGUAAAUGAGUAAUAACUACUGAAUACAGAAAAGGGAUAUAGAAGACAAUUGAGAGAUACAAUUAAGUAAAUAUAUCAAAAUUAUCAAUCAAAAAAGUAAUUAUUAGAAUAAUAAACCGAUGAAGAAGAAUCUAUAAGUUUAUAAGCUAAUUUUAGUGAAGAGAAAAGUGUAAAUGAUAAAGAUAUUAAAAAUUAUCAAUUUCCUUCUCAUCCUUCGCCCUAUUUUGAUGAUGCAUACACUUUUGAAAAUAAAGAAGUCUUGAUUACUGAUUAAAUUUUCAGUCCCAAGUAAGAUGAUAAGGGUGAUUUUUUUUUGUUAAGUAACCGAUCAAAAUAAAGCAAACCUUUGUUAGAAAUAGCUGAAAAAAACAGUAAAGAAACCAAAAGAAAGAAUUAAGCUUCUAUGCAAUCAGAACAUAGUGUAGAGGAUGCAUAAUUUAAAGGGUCAAAACUCAAUAUUACAGAAAAAGAGAUUGCAUAAAGUGUGUUUAUUAAAUUCAGUUAAAGAAAGUAACAAUAAUAGUUUUAUAACGAAAACGAGUCUAAAUUACCUUAAGAAAGCAAAGAUACUUAACAAUAGGUGUUUGAAGAGUAUUAAGUAAAAUAUUCAGAAAAUUUAAAAUUGUUUGAAACCUAAUACAAUCUAGUUUAAGCCUAACUGAAAAUUAUAAGUAAUCCAUAUUCAUAUAGAAUAUAGAAGUAUUUAUUUUCAGCUACUUUUAUUCUGAUAGUUUGUUUUAUCAUGCUUAUUUCAACAUCCACUUAAGGAUUAUAUGAUUUGACUGAUUGCCUUAAUUUAAUUGAAUUAAUGAUUACAACGCAAACUUCAUUCUCAUAAAUUACACAUAGUCUAUAUCACAAUGAAAUAACAAAUCAACUACAAAUCAAAGAUAUGGAAGUUUUGAAAUAGUUUUAUUCCAAUUAAUUUUUUGGUUAACUCCAAGAACUAAUCAACAUAUAAAAUGAUUAUGCAAUUAAGUUUAAUUAAGCCAACUUAUACGUUGAACAAUUUUAUGACAUCGAAAAUAGAAUUUAAUAAAAUACAUCUUUAUCAGAAGUAAUCCAAUUAAGUCUCGGAUAAUUCUACAAACUUAAACAAAAUAAUAGUAACCAUUCAAAUGUACUCGAUGCUUCUCUGACAUCUUCAGCAGUUGCUAAUCUCAAAGAAAUUGGAGAACUUCCUUUAAAGGCUCACCAAUCAUGCUAUUAAGAAAACCUUAAUAAUUACACAUACUUUCAAAACAUACUUAUUGUCUUUAUAGCAGUUACUUUUUUUUUGGUAAUGAUGUUAUAAUUUACUUAAAUUCCUCUCAUUUCAAAAUUAAGGAGAAAUCACAGAACUCUCUAUAAAGAAAUCAUUUCAAUUUAACCUUCAGAAGUGAAUGAUGAAAUUGAAAUUUAUGAUGCAGUAGUCAACACAUUGAAAAAAUCCAUCUAUGAGUGGAUGCUUAUAGAUUUUGUAUAGGAAACCUAAAUGUUUGAAAUCAAUAGACAAAGAAGGUCUAUUGCUCAUACUCCAGGGUUAAAAAGGAUAGAUAAUCCUGAUCUUGGCACAUCUCCUAAUUCAAAUAAAAAGUAUAAAAAUAAGUUAAUGGAAAAACUAAAAAAAUCUAAAAUGAAUUAAAACAAAUACAUUACAAUAUUAUUGGCUGGACUCCUUGUAAUUUUAGCAUAUUUCCUGGUCGUCUUUUUUAUAAUCUUGAUGCUAUCAAAAGAUAUCAUUUCCAACAUUGAUAUUAUAUUCUAAUCUAAGUUGGCACAAUCCUCCAUCAUUAAUUUAAUGAAUAAUUUAGACUUAUUAGCUUAUUCGACUCUAUCAAACGGUAUUUAUAAUAACAUUAUGAAUAUCAGUCAAUUUAAAGCUUAUUCUGCAAUUCUAAAUGACAACUCAACUGAUAUCUUUUUUGAGAAAUACAAGAAUUAAUUGCUUUCAACUUUCGUGGAUGAAUCAUUAUAUAAUAACUUUAACAUUUUGAAUGAGAAAAACAUUUGCACAAAGGAAGUAGGAAUUGAUUGCUCAUUAACUGAUACUAUAUCGUUAAAUCCUGGAAUGCUUGCUUAUUUUGAAUAAGGAAUGAGAUCUCUCUUAACUCAAGUAAGUACGAUUAUAGCCCAAUACCCAUAAUUUUAUGAGACUGAUAACGUUGUAAAUUCUGAGUAAGUUUUCAUUGAGUUUUACAAUAACUAAAAUCAUAUGCUAUACAUUGAUUAUGGAAGUGAAAUAUUAAUCAAAGCUUAUAAAUAACUCCUCAGUAUUGAAAAAGAUUUAUAUAAUGAACUGUUAGAUGUAUAUAAAAAACUAUUGCUCGUUUUCACAUUAAGUGUUGGUCUAUUUGGAUUGAUUAUAAUUUUCUUCUUAGGAAGAUAUUUGCUGAAAAUGUAAAAGGAUUCUAUCGAAACAUGUCUAACAGCUAUACUACUUGUAUCUCCAAAAAGAUAUCUAAGUAAAUAAUUAGGCUUGAUCAUCCAAAAGGAAUUAUGA